AUGGGGUACAUUCAAUUCCACGGCGUCUACCUACCGGAGGACAACGUGGUGUCACUGGGUGUGCUGAGCAAACAUCUGCAACGGCAACAAGAGUUCACCGGGCAGCCCGGGCGGCAGCACAACCUGCAGAUAGGCGGGCAAGGCAAGGACGAAGAGGCUAACAUGGCGCAGCUAUGGGACGUGCUCAUGGGCAAUGACGGGCUGCCUGCAGGCGCGGAGGUUCAGCCGCUGCGCGCGGCGGAGGUGCCCACGCUGCGGUGCUCUCCCGAGCCGUCAUCCCUGGAGGAGGACAUGCAGGGCCAGUUCCAGUACAAGGACCUGAUCUCUGUGCAUCUGUCGCCAUGCACGCAGGACGAGCAGGCGUCCGGGGACUCCAGCGACGCGCCCCAGAUCUCGGAAACACCCGUGGACGUCGCGGUCGAGGCCCCCGCGCAGUCUCCCACGUUCGCGCGCGAUAGCGCCGUCUACAGGUGCUCAUACUGCCCCUCCAACUUCAAGGUCCGCGGCUACCUCACCCGACACCUGAAGAAACACAUGCCCUACAAGGACUUCCGCUGUCCCUACUGGUCCGAGGACUGCCGCUGCCACAGCUCCGGCGAGUUCUCGCGCAAGGAUACCUUCCGCACCCACCUCAAGUCCAUUCACUUCGUCUACCCGGUCGGGACUACGAAGGCCCAGCGCAACAAUUCUGUUGGCCGCUGCGCCGCCUGCUACGAGCAGUUCAACAACAACAAGGACUGGCUCAAAUACCACAUCGACGCCGGAAGAUGCACGGAAUUCAAGCUCAGGCAGGACGAAAAGACCCACGUCUAUGGCACUUUUUGA